AUCAAAUCCAUUUAAACAGGAGCCCAUUACUAGUAAUUAGUAAUGGGCUCCUCAUUUAAACUAUUCUACUUCUUAUUUGAGUUUGAGUCCUUCUUUUAUUUGGACUCGUUUUCUGUUAUUCCAGCUCUAACUAUUCCCAACACUGAUUGAUAGGUCUAUUGAGGUUUAAUUUUCACUAAAGAAUAGUGACCAAGUAUUCGAAUUAAAUUCAAAUUAUAUCUUCACACACCCUUAUUUAUUACAUCUACGAAUGACUAAAAUUCUUAAAAACUUUGACAUUCGCUAAUUGUUCAUCACUGGAAUCUUUCUGUAGUUGCUUGRAYUCUUUCAAAAUUCUCAUCGUAAUCUUACUAAAUCACCUGAAGAGAAUAAUUUUAACUAGUGAGCCAACUUUGUUUUUAUUUUGUAGUAGGAUUAAAAACAAGGCUUAGAAGAGGGAUUUUUUCCGUAUUCAUGAUGUUUCUACAGCGUCACAAGAAAAUAAAGCUCAAUAAAACGACCAAUUCACCCAAGUUGAAGAAAAAGGUUUCUUGGAAGGUUCCACUAAAGUCGACGUCAGUYGCCGUGAUGGGCAAGAGAGCCGAAGGAUUGAAAGACCUGAGMUCACCAGACGAGUGGGAAAUUGUCGAGAGUAUCGGCGAAGGAACUUACGGCGAAGUUUUCAAAGUACGGAACAGCAGCUCAGAUCAAGUUGCUGCAGCCAAAGUCAUCGACUCAAUUCUAGAAAAAAUCGAAGAAGUAUUGCCAGAAUUAGAAAUUCUGAAGAAGUACUCCGAUCAUCCAAAUGUGGCUGGUUUCUUCGGAGCGUAUAUUAAGCGGGAUCAGAAGAGACAAGAUCAACUAUGGCUUGUCAUGGAGCUUUGUCGAGGAGGUUCAGUUACAAACUUGGCGCGAAAUCUUGUGAGUAAAGGCAAAGCAUUAGAAGAAGAUCUGAUUGCUUAUAUUCUUUAUGAGACCUUAAAGGGAAUCGAAUACUUGCAUCGCAAUUGUGUAAUGCACAGAGAUAUCAAAGGGCAGAACGUMAUGCUAACCAACGAUGCUGAGAUUCGACUCAUUGACUUUGGUGUUUCUGCCCAGUUAGCAAACGUAAAGACGCGAAGAAAUUCGUCCGUUGGAACUCCUUUUUGGAUGGCGCCUGAGGUGAUCGCUUGUGAGCAACAACUUGAGUAUAACUACGACCUUCGAUGUGAUAUUUGGUCCUUGGGGAUCACGGCUAUUGAACUCGCCGAUGGACGUUCACCUUUAUCAGAAGAACAUCCAAUGAGAGCGUUGUUCAAAAUACCAAGGAGCAAACCACCAACGAUGAAAAACCCUGAGAAAUGGUCGCACGAGUAUCGGGAUUUCGUAGCGAAGUGUCUUGUGAAGGAUUUUGAGCAGAGAUCGUACUCCAAGGAACUUCUUGAACAUCCUUUUCUGAGUUGGGURCCUACCAAACACGAUUCGCUUAGACGUAAACUUCGAGGAGUGAUGGAUUCGCAGUAUCACGGAAAAGACGGAAUUAUGGACGAAGUUAAACGCGAAAAAGAGUCCAGCCAAGGAAGAGUUUUAACUACCGAAGGUCCAUACGUCAAGCCAAACGCUCGACGAAAUAAAGAAAUGUUGCUUGUAGACGAUUUAACGACUCUUCCAAGCCUUACUGAUGAAAUCAUUCUGUCUCACUUAUUGGAGAGGUUUCUUGGCCAGCAAAUUUAUACGUAUAUUGGUGAUAUACUGAUUGCAGUCAACCCGCUACAAUCCUUGAAUAUAUACACAAAGAAGCAUUCCGAGRCGUAUCGUCAUGUUGACAAGAAUGCGAUGCCACCUCACAUUUUCAUGGUUGCUGACAUGACGUACAGAGCAAUGAUCCAUAACCAAGCGCCCCAGUGUUGUUUGAUUAGUGGUGAAAGCGGAGCAGGUAAAACAGUGUCAGCAAACUUUCUCGUGCAACAAUUGGCCGAGUUAGGCAAGAACGAUGGAAACUUUGACCCUGAAAUCGCGUACAGAGAAAAACUUAACCAUGCCGUAAGUGACUGCAUGGAAUGCUGGGACAGCACCUCGCACAAGAAAAAUAAAGGUGGAAAUAAAACAUUAGAAGAAAAGAUCUUACAGUUUACAGUUUCUUCGUUACUUGAACUCAAUGCUGUCGAGCUUAGAGAUGCACUGACAACAAAUAGUAAUGUCACUAGAGGUGAGACAAUCGUUCGGAAUAACACCGUUGAGCAAGCAGUCGAUUGCAGAGAUGCAAUGGCCAARGCUUUGUAUGGAAGGUUGUUUAGUUGGAUUGUCAAGAGAAUCAACACUUUGUUAAAAUUCUACUCUGAUCCCGUCAACAAAGACAACGAGUACAGGAUUGGUAUACUGGAUAUCUUUGGCUUCGAGAAUUUCAAAACCAACUCCUUUGAACAGCUCUGUAUCAACAUCGCGAACGAACAAGUUCAGUUUUACUUCAACCAACAAAUUUUCUCUUGGGAACAGGAAGAAUACAAAAUCGAAGGAGUCGAUUUAUCGAUGAUCAAGUUUGAAGACAAUCGUCCCGUACUCGACAUGUUUCUUCAGAAACCSAUUGGAAUCCUUGCUCUUCUCGACGAGGAAAGUCGUUUUCCGCGCGCAACGGACUUCACCCUAGUUGAGAAAUUCAACAACAACAUUCAAAGUCGUCACUAUCAGAAACCAAAGGAUAAGAGCAAUGUGCCUGGUUUUUGUAUCCUGCAUUACGCUGGCAAGGUGAAAUAUGAUGCCACUAAUUUCUUGGAAAAGAAUCGAGACACUUUGUCGCCAGACGUCGUUCAUGUACUGCGAACGAGUGAGAAUAAACUAGUCAGGACUUUGAUCCAGCUACAGCCAAGUAAACAAGAUUUGAAUACUAAACGRGACAGUGCUCUCUUCGGUUCUUCAGGCGCUGCACAAAAGACGAAAAUCCAAGUAAUAUCUAGACAAGGUUCUGAUGCAAGAUCUAACUCCAGCUCGACCGGGAGACUGAACCAGACCGUUUCCAUACACUUCAGGUCUUCAUUGAAAGAUCUYUUAUCGAAAUUACUACCAAGUCAGUCCCACUUUGUAAGGUGCAUUCGACCCAACGAGUCUAUGAUUCCAGGAAGGUUUGACCAGGAAAAAGUCAUGAGCCAACUGAAGUACACUGGUGUUUUAGAAACUACGCGAAUUCGAAAAGAGGGAUAUUCUGAAAGGCCUUCAUUCGAGGAGUUCACUAAAAGGUAUCACAUGAUUGGSUACCCAGGCCAUGAAAAGGUGGAACCGAGUGCAGCUUCGUGCGAAGUUAUUCUUCGAGCUGCAAGGAUUGACAAGUAUAUCAUUGGGAAAACCAAAGUCUUCAUGAAGUAUUAUCACGUUGAGAGGUUGACGCAGCUCUUGGAAGCACAUCGUGCUCGUGUUGUCAUGGUACAGUCAGUAAUUCGUGUAUGGCUGGCUAAGCGAAGAUAUAAGAGGAUGGUCCAGGAUCGAAGUGAUGCUGCGCUUCACAUUCAGUCAGUUUUCCGCGGUCAUCUUGCAAGACAAGUGUACAGAAAAGAGAGAGAUCGACGAAGACUUGAAGAGGAAGAAAGGAUGAGAAAACAAAUGUUUUUGAAGAAAUUGUUACAAAAGAAACGAGAAGAUGAUGAGAAAAAAGCAUUGGCACACCGACAUGCACAAGCAACUAAGAUUCAAGCUGUAUUUCGUGGAUAUCUAGUCAGGAAAAACAAGGAUCAAAUCAAGAAGGAACAGACUGUUUAUAAGCGCAAGGGCGAAGAAGAUAAACGUAACCGUUCUGCAGUCAUCAUUCAAUCACAUUACAGAGGUUAUCAGGCCAGGAAACUUUAUCAAAAGAAGAAAGCGAAAGAGGACUCUUCAGAUGUCAAAACAAUAUAUUUUCUGCAACAGAUCAUGGAUUCGUGCAGUGAUUUCUAUGACUUGCAACAACACACUGGUUUGUCAAAUUCAAAGCGAAGCAAGAAAAAGACUUUCGUGAUAAACGAGCUAAGUCAGAGUKGCAGAACUGAUUCCGUUGUCAUCCCAAAAGCUUCUGAUGAGCUUGAGUUAGCAUCUCAACAGGAAACAAAAAGAAUCUAUUUGACACAGCAGAUUGAAAGCUCAUUAUCAACGUUUUUGGAUCGCUUGCAUCUCCAYAUCGACAAGAGUCCUACAGAAGCAGAAUUGAAAAUGUCUGAAGUAAAGAAUGCUCGAAAUAAAUUCAGAGACAUCGUGCGAACAAAGUUUUCAAUAACUCCACCGGAAGUACGACAGGCUGAGAUGAACAGAAUCGCGUCCCAUCGUGGCCAACGGUCAUUCAGGAAAGAAAUUUGGUCGGCCGGCGAUGAAACGUACCUACGAAGUUUUGCUGUAAGUUUUCCUUUCACAAAUUUCCUGGAUAUCCAGGGUUUUUUCUUUCCUCUCCCUCCUGACGAUGAMGUGCAAGAGGAUUACCAAAAAAGUCGGUCAAGACGAAUUAGCGAUAUGUUGUCGAUUGUCGAGGGGCUUCCUUCUGACUCUAGAAAUGAUCCAGACUGGCUCGUUGACUYCAACAACAACAGUCCAUCUCAUCGUAUUUUCCCAUUCAAACGAAGCAAGUCGCCGCCACCAAUCAAUGUAUUUGACGGGAAAACUUCCGAAAACAUCAGUCAAAGUCGACUUCGUGCUGUUCCUCCACACGCUAGACGACGACAAGAACAACCCAAACAAGAAGAGGCUAGACCAUUUACUACUCUACGUCAUAUUGAAAGGCAACCACCAAUUGAGAGUGCACCUCCUCCAACACAGUUCGUACGUCCCGAAAGAAAAACCUCCGCGGAGACUGUGCGGGAAAAGACUCCAACUCUUGAGCCCGUUGUCAUUCCGCUGACUAGGAAGAAGACACCGCCUGUCAAGUUAUUUGUAGAACCCAAGCGUGAUCCAUCUCCAGAGCGUCCACCUCUUGUUCGUGUCCAACAGAAAGUUCGUAAUCAGCCAAUGGUAAAACCAGCACCAAAGCAAGCUUCUGUUGAAGCCCCACAGAUAAAUGGUGUUGUUCUCAGGAAGACUUCUAGCCAGGAGCGUGGUCCCUAUAGACGUCCAGAGCCGAAAAACGUCAAACUUAAACACGUGCCCAAUGGCAUAAAGAAUGAAAAUACUAACGAGUUGUACUCCCACGCCCUGAGGAAGACAGGACGAAGAUCAGCAUUGGGUGUCCCGGAUGAUGAUGGAGACUCAAAAGUCACUAGAAUCAUGUUCAAUGUUUCACUGGAAGCUGCAUCKUGAGCUCAUUGUCGGAAUCAGUUUUGCUUUCAAAGCAAGACAUUAAUCGUGAUGGCGUCAAUUGACKACAACUAGUGGGAUACUUUCAUUUCUUUUGCAUUUCGUUUUUAUUCAAAUUAUAUUCUCUUUUCAAAAAAUAAAAGCAAGGGAAAAGUGAAUAUGAGAAAAGUAAAAGAGAAAGAAGGGAAAMAAUGGGAAAAUGAAAGAAAACAAGUAUUCUGGUAGUUGUAGUUUAUGACGGCAUCAUGGAUAGCCCUCUUUGUAUAAUUACAUCCUCACUUGACGAGGAUGAACUCAGAAGGUUAAAAUAUCUCAUUCAGCCAUUUUGAUUAUAUUUAAAAGACUCAAAGGCCCAUGCAUCUUCACCUUAUUUUUAUAUGUACAGUACGCAAAUAUCUAGUCACCUCCAUGAUACAAGAUUAGCGACACUAUUUUGGGAGUAGUGUUUGGGAAAUCUUUCACAGUCGUAUACAUGGCUUUUGUUUAUUUUGUUUAUUUUUUUUUUUUUUUUAUAGUGGUAUUCCACUCUAACUGUAGAUGCGUUGAAAUAUUUGUUUCAAAGGUUGUUAAUUAGCUGCUUGUUAGUUUGUAAUGAUUUUAAUCUUUAUCUACUGGAAAGUCUCUCACUCAGCCGUUUUUAGCUAGUGUCAAACACAUUACACGGCUGUGAUGGAGGCCACUGAGCACUAGCUAUUUCUUUCACGUGUUUAAUGCCGUCUUCACUCGAAUUUAUGAAAUUAUUAAAGGUGGCAAUCGGUUACAGAUGUCCAGCUUCUUGUCGACUCGGAUGAGAAGUUAAACAUUUGUGAACAGGGCUACAAGAGAGUGCCUUUUUAUGAGGGCACGAGGGAAGUGGCCCUGAGAGAUUUUUAGAUUUUUGGAAAAUGUUUGUACCUUUUUUAUUUUUAGUAGAUACUCUAUUUUCAGGUUAUUAUUUUCAUCGCGCUUAUCAUAAGUAUUUAUGAUUAUAUACUUAUUAUCUUGAACACAAGUUCGAGGAAACGGUCGAUCUGAGACCGAGGAGCAUUGUGGGAAUUUUCAAAAUGGCGAAUACUCGACUCAUUUCACUCAUCACAUAUUYUCUUGAGUGACCUUUAAUUACAUCGUCUAGCAUAUUGUGCCUGGAAAUUAGAACCGUCUUUAGAUAGUUUCCGACAUGAACUUCAGUGGCUCUCAGAUUGAUCCUUUCCGAGCUAUUACCCUGGACUUGUUUAUACAAUAACUCCAUGAAAAAAGCAGAAAAAAAGUAGUAUUUAUAGCGCAAACACUAUGUAAAUAGUCUAUAGUUGCCAAACAAAACCACAAUAUCAAGAACAUAACAAAAACAUAAUAAAAUUGAAAUACUACAUA